CAGUCAGACGAUUACCUUUUAAAGCUAGAUCUGUUACUACCUAUUGAUUUCAUUUCUCAUCGGAUCUUUGUGCCUAACAAUUACAAAUACACAGUCUCAGUCCAAAUUUAUUAAAAAGCAGUUAGAAGAGACAGAAACUGCAGUCUUUGGACAACUCAAGAUAGCAAGCUGAGAUUUGGAACGCAACCACAAAAGAAAAAUGAUUCGUUUGAUUUUAAAAGCAAAGAGUGUACUGCAGUCUCAUUCAACACUACAAUGCAAAGUAACUAUGUCAAGUUACUCACCAAAAAGGUCAUCAUUGACACCACCUUUAAUGAGGUCGUGCUUUUUUACAAAAAAAACUCGACAAGGGCUUGAAUGUGUAAAGAAAUAUCAGCCAGAUAGCGUAAUUCUUGAUCUUGAAGAUUCAGUUCAGUCGCACGAAAAACCCUCCAUUAGAAAACUUUAUUUGAAUGGCAUUAAAGAUGGCCUUUUCUCUGGUGUUAGUGUUUACAUCAGGAGCAGCUCAAUAGAUUGCACAAGUGAAUUUAUUGAGGAUAUUAAAACUUUCACUGGGACUGGAAUAACUGGCUUUCUUUUACCAAAAGUUGAGAAUCGAGAAAGUGUAUUGGAAGCAGAAAAAAUUAUACUACAAUACGAGAAUGAGAGAGGACUUCAAAAGAAUAGUCAUGCAUUCUCAAUAUUAAUAGAAACUCCAGCUGCAUACUUUGAAGUACAAAAUAUCUUAUCGUCAUCUAAACGUAUUUCUUCAGUUAUUUGUGGUAGUGCAGAUUUUACAGCUGAAGCUCUUUGCGAUGAUCAUUCUCCUACAUAUGAUACAUUUUUUACUCAAGUUGCUCUUGCUGCCAAGGCAACAAAGAAAGUUGCUGUAUGGGGUGUUCAUGACAAACUUGAUGAUCAUAUAGGUUUCCAGAGCAAUUGUUCCAAAAUGAAGAGAUGUGGAUACGAUGGGGUUCUUGCCUUGACGCCAAAACAAAUUUUACUUGCAAACCAAGUCUAUUCUCUUUCUCAUAGCGAAAAAGACUGGACUGAGAGAGUGUUGAAAAAAUCCACACGUAUCAAUACAAUUCGUAAAUCAGUUCAAGAAAGUCGGCAAAUGAUAGGUCCUCCUCAUAAAUUAAAGGCUAGUAAUAUCCUUUCUAGCAGAGUAGAAAUGGGAGCGAUUCCUUCUAAGUCGAUUCGAGGUCAUGCUGCUUCUUCUAAAGGAAUAUGUGCUGACCUGGCAAUUGGUGAAAUAGUGCCUGCACCUCGUGAAGUUUUCAUUACUGACAGUUGGAAAACAACUUGGGAGAGCUCAUUCAUUAGUUCUAGAAGGUGUUACGAUAAAAAGAAUGAUGCAUGCAUUCCAUUUGCAUUAGCUGCAACAUUAGCAGUUGCUUUUUCUGUAUCUAAUCUCUCUUACUAUGCAAGAGUUCACCUUGGUUUCAAAAAUAUAUUUCAACAUAGGCCUCUUCUAACAGGUGACAGAGUACGUGCUAUGUUUCGAAUUGACUCUAUCAAGUCAAAGAAAGGGAGUGAUAGCAUUCAGUAUUCAGUGGUUCAUUCAACACAUUGGCUGGUCAAUCAAAACGAUGAAAUAGUUUUACAGCUAGAAAAAAUAACCAUGUUCCA